AUGUUAUCAAGACCCCGCCCCAGGGUGGAAGUAAUCGAAACGCCACAAGUGUUGGAGGAGGAAGUGGUACCUUUAGCAGCGGGAAUAUUAGCUGCGGGAGGAGAGACAGUGGGUGACGGAAAGAAGGGCUUAAGUUAUGGCGUGGUGAAAGAUGGAACGAGUCCUAGGAAUCGACGUUUUCUGAUGCAAGUAAUGAAAGUGAUUGCCAGUUUGGCAGGACUGGCUAUAUGUGUUAUUUCUUUAUGGAUCAUUUUGUAUGGGAAUAAGGGUCGUAUCCACACGGGUAACGACUUUUACAGCAUAGGGUUGGUGACCCUGGGACUUCGGUUGUACUUGGCGUUAUUCGGCUUGUCUGUCCUCUUCCUGGAAGCCAAGAGCUGGUUGCCUGAACAUUCGGAGUUGAGACACUGGUUCUACAAUGAGUUCCACUUCCUCGCCGGUCCUAGAGGAAAGGGACUUUAUUACUUGCUGCUGAGCUACCUUUUGUUCUUGAACAACAACAUCUGGCUUGUGCUCUGCGGUGCUGUUGUCUUCGCCGUUGCUUGUAUCUACUUGCUUGCAUCCUGCAUGGCGAAACAGUCCGUCAAGGAGUCAUUCGGAGUCAGUCCUAGCAUGUUCAGGACUGCGACCCACAGAAAGAAAAAGACGGUUCAGAUAUCACCCAACAAUAUUCUCCAUGAGAUAGAAGCAUUGAGCCCUUCCAACUACCAACCAUACGGCCUUGUUCCAAGCUCCGAACUCGACACUGACCGCGCCCUGGAGCCCAACUCAGGGCUGGAACCGAGAGGCAUGGACCGUUUCGGACUCGAUCGGUCAGGACUCGACCGAUCCUUCCCGGGCGGCGACGCCACAAGGUCCAUAUCAAUUGACCAGACGUCAGCUGCGAAUCGAACACCCGCCGUGGCUCUCGGAUCCCGACUCUCUCCCCCCGUACCUGCCCUAUCUGUGCGCGAAGAGCCCAGAGUCCCUCUGCCCGUGUUCGACCCUGUGGCGCCGCACCCUGCUAGCGCGCAACCCCAUUACUCGCAAUCCCAUUACUCGCAACCCAGUUAUUCGCAACCCAGUUAUUCACAACCAAGUUACUCACAACCAAGUUACUCACAACCAAGUUACUCACAACCAACCUACUCACAACCAGCCUACUCACCACCCGCCCAACAGUGGCCUCCCACUGGGACCACAACGGGGCACCAUCGUGCGACCACCCCGGAAAUCAUCCAGAUCCCCGCGAGAAUUCUGCGGCAAGGCGGCAGCAGCAGCAACCAUGGCGGUAGUAUUCAUCAAACCGACCAUCGACUGACAAGCGACCAAGGACUACAGAGCGAACCGCGACUUAGCGCCCAGACCGAUCAUCUCAUGAGCUACGCGGAUUGUCUGCGCUGA